ACACCUUCAGCGUUUCCAUAGGAUAUUUGCGACCUUUAUAUGGGACUCUUCAUGGGAGCCAAUGCGGCGCGACAAUCUGUUUCGGUCUAUCGAAGCGGGAGGACUAGGCUUAACCCACUUAUUUGUACGGAAAAUUGUUUCACGUUUCAUGUUCCUCAGAACGUCUUCCCACCCGUUCAUUAGGACCUUUCUCCAAACUCACUUGAUGGAUCUAAUCCCUGACCUCGUUGUUUCAUCCGACCAUGUGGCAAUGCCGCGACCUUUUGGCUUUCUCAAAGAAGUCGUCGAAGCUUUUGAGUUUUUGAAAGUGCGUUUUUCUUUGGAUUAUUUAUUCACCGUUUCCAGAAAAGAGCUCUACCAUAACCUAAUAGAUUCGCUAUUUCCAGACCCUUUAUAUCGCAGCCACUAUCCAAACAGUACAGAUCAAGAUGUUUUAAAACGAGUUCGCAGGAUGCGCGUUCCCCCGACUGCAAAAACAUUUUUCUUUAAGCUUCAUACUAACACACUACCCGUAAAACCAUGGCUACGUGACAAAGGAAUUUUUGUACCGUGGUCGGUCAACUGUCGUUUAUGCAACACGCCAGAGACUAUUGAGCAUUGCUUUAUUUUUUGCACAGAUGCAUACCUUUUCUGGGAUGUGCUUCAAAGGACUAUCAAAAAGGACUUGUAUAUUAACGCAUACUCUAUUCGUUUUCUUCCUGUGGAAGAUCCAGACACAUUUCCCGCAGAUUUUUUUAUGUUGCUUGGUAUGCAUAGUCUCUGGAAGACUCGCAUGAUAGACAGAAAUGCUGAUCCACCAAGGACUACCAAAUCGAAUUUUAUCGAAACAUGCAAUCACGUAAUAAGUGUCCUUGAUGAACUCGGGGAAAAGCCAAGAUGGUACUGGCGACUCGAAAAGUGCCUUACGUUUCCUGAUUUCUGA